CACCACAUGACAACAACGAGAGAGAGAGAAGAAAAAGAACAGGGCGGGCAAUAAAUGGUGUGAGGUUGCAGUCCUCAAGGUCAUUUGGAUUGGAUGUGACCCCAUUCUCCUCAGUCCUCACCCUUCCCUUGUGUUCUUCAAUCACUUCUGCCCACAGGCUGUUCCUCUCCGCCUCCUCUCCAAAGAGUUCUCAAGCUGUCCAAGAAGCUGUCGCCCCCUUCUCUACCCCCUCCGCUUCUACCCCCUCUUGGUGUGCAAAGAGUUCUCGUCCAAGAUUCAGCAGGCUGACCAUGCCUUGUGCUGCCGAGCUUGUCAAUGGUGAGGGAGGCGCUAUCAAAGUGGGCACAACUGGCACCAUCGGUGCGCUCAUGACAAGAGAGUUGGAGGCCAUCAGAAUAGCGCCACAAGGAGCUGCCACCCCGCGCUUGAGACACCAAAGUAGCCCAGUUUCUGUGCCCUGCGGAGCUAGUCCUCGGAAGAUCAUCCUAAGGAAGAGCUCAUCCAAUGUCUCCAGCAGUGGCAGUAGCAGCAGCAAUAAUGGCAGAACUGACCGUGUGAGCGCCGAAGAAGCCUGCAAGCCAAGAAGGAGCUCUCAACGGCCAAUGCUACACUCAGAUACUGUGCUAGCUGAUCGAAGCCCAAACAUUGAGAAGGCGAAGAAGAAAGGAAAUGUGCAUGGCGUUGAGGUGGUGGAUGUCAGGUGCGGUAAUCCAAUGAGCAGCCGCCUCAGGAAGCUUGGAUUCUCCAAGCUGUCGGAGACCUUUGCCUAGCCUCGACGGAAGGUGACUGAAAUUAAGGCUUUUACUGCCCUUUCAUGCAGGGCAUGUUGGGUACUUGGGUUAUUGCAAGCCUUUCGAAGGCAUCAUAUCCCCUGCCUUCUCUGGUGAGCCAACCAUCUACCUGACCGCAUCUUUGUAUGUUGCAAUCCGGUUUAAUUGCAUCUACUAGUCAGUUCUAUCCAUGGAAACUGCUCUUGUGCUCUGAUGUAUGACAAGUUAAUUUAUGGAAAGCAUUUCCUACUGAAGCAAGAUCACAA